UCGUGACCUGUGACUUAUGACCAAGGUCAUAGUGGACAGGAUCGAUAUGCAAAUUAGGGUGGCGCGUAUGCAAAUGCGGGAUGGAACAAGGUUAAGACCAAUCAAAAAACAUGAAUGCGCGUCAUGACGCUAUCUCGAGCGGGAAACACAAUUCACGUACAUGUAGCUGUCAUUCUGUCACAGCCAUCCAAAGGAGGCGGAGGGUGCAUUUUGUUGUGAGAUUAAACACAACAAUUUCGUCGUUUCGCGAUGUAUCGUGCGAAUAUUUCUCGCCAACGUCGCCGCCCUGCGCGGUUUCUGGUGGAGCCUGUGCCUGAGCCAGCCUCCAGUGCCAAGAAGAAAAAGAAAUCUUCGCCUGUGAAGAAGUCAAGAUCACGGAGGGCUCCAGCUCGCACUGCCCCCUCCGCCUCCUUUGCCGUGCCCGGGGCGGUCCCGAUCGCCACAGCUCCGCUAUGCCAGCCGGGGUUUGGGUCCACCACCACGGGGCAAUCGGCGCCAGCACACCCACUGAUCACAUCAGUCGGGCUCUCAACAUCCGGUGCUGCUCCAAGUUUUUCGCCGGUGAUUUCUGCACCGAUUGCCGUGCAGCCAGUGUUCACGCCAGUCACAUCCGGGGCUUCAAUGACAUCCGGGGCUUCGCUGACAUUCCAACCAGGGUUAUCGCCGGUGAUUUGUGCUCAUGCCGUGCAGCCGGAGUUCACACCAGUCACAUCCGGGGCUUCCAUGACAUCCAGGGUUUCGCGGACAUUCCAACCGCCGGCAGCAAGUCUUGCCGCAUACCAGCCAGUUCACGCAGCCGUACCGUCCUUCGGAGCGAUGUCCCCGUCGGUUUUGCUCGCCAGUUGCGGGGCGAUGUCUUCCUUGGCUGGAUCUGGGACAGACAUUUCCGGAGGCCUGUUGCCUCAUGCCAAUUCGGGCUUGGUAUCAUCGCCGGGGAGUUCGGCAGCAUUCAACGGUGCCCCAUCCGCCGUUCCUGCGGCUCCCAUGGCUCCGGCUACUGCUGCGCCAUGUACAACGACCAGCAUGGGGCCAGCUUUGGGCAGUGUCCCAUUGGUGUCACCGGGGGGUGAGUAUGGGUCUCAGCAACCUACUUGUAACGGGCCUAAUAUCGAUAUGAUGAAUAUGCAUCGCCCAUUAUCUAUGGCCCAGGCCAGUGUACAUACCAUAUUGGGUUUUCAUGUUUCGCAGGCACUAAAGGAAAAAAUUUGGCAGGGUUCCUGUAUUGACUUGGCUUUGUUACGGAAUGACACCGCAAGUGCUGUUUUGGCACGCACUGAUACGCAAGGUACAGAUCUCACUUUUGCGUUGGAGGGGGGCUCUCUUGUCCUGAGAAAACCGGGGGCCACUCGCAAGAAGAUUGAGAGUUUAGAUGCGUGGCAAUCAGCAUUUCACACUUUCAUGGCCAUUUACCUUGUAAAGCAUACAAACAGGUUUGCUGAGCUGCUGCGCUACGCGGAAAUUAUUCGUACCGCGCACAUUCAAUUUCCAGGCCAGGGCUGGAAGGUGUACGACGAGCAGUUCAGGCUGAAACAGGAAGCGGACCCUCCCCGUUCCUGGGGUCAAAUUGAUUCCGAGCUGUGGCUGACCGUUGCAGCGGUCGGGCUGAACUCCCCCUCUUACUCACGUGGUGGGCUGCCGGCAGCGCAGACCCCCCGCACAGGGAAUUCUUUUAAGCUCGGGAAUUGUUUUGCUUUAAUUCAGCCCAAGGUUGCUAUUUUCAGGGAUGCAAAUACGCACACGUUUGCAGUAAAUGCACGCGCACUGGUCAUGGCGCCACGCGUUGUCGAGCUUGGGGGCAAGCGCGAGGGGCCACUGCAUCCAGUGGUUUUGGCGCAUCAAGUUCGGUUCGGCAUGAGCCUCGAUCCCCGCUACCUGCCAAGCCAAGUGCUGCUGCAGCGUCAGUAA